CCCUGGGCCCCCGGAAGUGGCCGUCGCAGGCCUCCACCGCGCCCUCCCCAGGCUCCCAGCCCCACUCCAGGCCCGACCUGUGCCCUGACCCGAGCCCUGCCGCCCUCCGGCCGCUGCCAUCGCCAGCCCCUCCCUCCACCAAGCCCAGCGUGGGGUCCCUGCUGCAGGGGCCCGGGCCCGGCCCCUUCUGCUGGCCCCUCUGCGAGAUCGCCCAGGGCACCCGCGACUUCGCGGAGGAGCUGCGCGUCGGCGAGGGCGGCUUCGGCUGCGUGUACCGCGCCGUCCUGCGGAACACCACGUACGCCGUGAAGAGGCUCAAGGAGGAGGCCGACCUGGAGUGGAGCGUGGUGAAGCAGAGCUUCCUGACCGAGGUGGAGCAGCUGUCCAGGUUUCGCCACCCGAACAUCGUGGACUUGGCUGGCUACUGUGCAGAGAGCGGCUUCUACUGCCUCGUCUACGGCUUCCUGCCCAACGGCUCCCUGGAGGACCGGCUCCACUUCCCACCGCAGGCCUACCUGCCUCUCUCUUGGCUGCAGAGACUGGACAUCCUGCUGGGCACAGCCCGGGCCAUUCAGUUUCUACAUCAGCACAGCCCCAGCCUCAUCCAUGGUGACAUCAAGAGUUCCAACGUGCUUCUGGAUGACAGGCUGAUGCCCAAGCUGGGGGACUUCGGCCUGGCACGGUUCAGCCGCUUCGCAGGGGCCACGCCAGGCCAGAGUAGCACCAUCGCACGGACCCGCACAGUGCGGGGCACGCUGGCCUACCUGCCAGAGGAGUAUAUCAAGACAGGCAGGCUGGCCGUGGACACAGACACCUUCAGCUUUGGGGUGGUCGUGCUCGAGACCCUGGCCGGCCAGCGGGCUGUGAGGACACACAGUGCCAGGACCAAGUAUCUGAAGGACCUGGUGGAGGAGGAGGCUGAGGAAGCCGGGCUAAGCCUGAAGAGCACCGGGACCACACUCCAGGCUGGCCAGCCUGCCGACGCCUGGGCCAUGCCUAUCGCCGCCCAGAUCUGUGAGAAACACCUGGACCCCAAGCCCGGGCUGUGCCCACCCCAGCUGGGCCUGGCCCUCGGGCAGCUGGCCUGCUGCUGCCUGCACCGCCGGGCCAAGCGGAGGCCCCCCAUGACUCAGGUGUAUGAGCAGCUGGAGAGGCUGCAGGCAACUGUGGCUGGACCUCUGCAGGAGCUAGAGGUGGCUGGCCAGGGUGCCCCAUGCCCCCAGGAGAACUCCUACGUGUCCGUGUCUGGUGGCAGCGGCCCCCAGGGUGCGGGGGCCCUGCCCCCGCGGGCGCAUUUGGGGGCACCUGCUCAUGCUGACCCGCAGCCCCGCCAAAGCCCCAACCAGCCCGUGGAGAGUGAUGAGAGCCUGUCGGGCCUCUCUGCCGUCCUGCACUCCUGGCACUUGAGCCCCAGCUGCCCCCUGGACCCCACGUCCCUCCGAGGGGCAGGCACCACUCCCAAGUCCAGCUGGGGCAGCAUCCCAGGCCCAGGGGCCCCGGCCAGAGAAGGGUCACCUCCGGGCAGCUCUGCCUCCUCGUCCUCCUCCACCUCUGAGGCGCCACAGAUUGUCAUUAACCCAGCCCGGCGAAAGAUGGUGCAGAAGCUGGCUCUGUACGAAGGCGGUGUCCUGGACAGCUUGCAGCUGCUGUCGUCCAGCUCUCUGCCAGACUUGGGCCUGGAACCCAGGACAAGACAGGGGCCUGAAGAGAGUGAUGAAUUCCAGAGCUGAUGUGUCGUUGGGGUGUGUCCCCAGACCCGGAAGUUAAAGUUCUCAUGUUCGGAAGUUCUCACAGCACAUGACCUUCCUGCCCCAGGGCCACGGGCAUAGGCAGCGUGGUGGCCACAGAGGGCAUGAUGUCUCAGGGUUGCCCCAUGGGCACUGUAGUGGCACCAGCGGGGAUACCUGAGCUUGUCAUCCGUGCUGGCGUAACUAGGAAAGGGAAAACAGCUGCGAUUGGCACGGUUAGGCCAGGAGCCAGGGCAGAGCUCUGAGGAGCCGGGGGUGUCCGCUGCCUGCUAUCCAGGCUGCCACAUGCAGUCCCAUGCCCAGCAGGCCCCAGUUCCACCAGCUCAGCCAGCCACUGCCCAGGGUCCGGCUAGGCCGAGGCCCGUGUCCAACGCAAGCAGGAAGUUGGGAGCAGGCAAGAGAGGAGGGUAGUGUUGGCAGAAGCAAGACCAGCCUGGUGUGAGUGAGUGCCCCUCGUGGCUUCACAAGUUUCCCCGGCCGCAGCACAGGCUGGUGAGGGUUGCGUUCCAAGCAGUAGUCACACUACAAGCCCAGAAACUAAGCAUUGGUGACACCCAGGUUGUCCUGCAGCAAUAAAGAUUUCACAUUCCCACGCUGA